CAAAGUGACUAAUAAUAGCACAUUUGGCCCAAAAGAUGUCGAGUCAAAGUUCCAUUUUUGUAUGUUUUUCCCCAAAAUUUCCGGGUUGAAGGCGGAUCAAGGAAAGAUAAUCAAAGGCAUCAAUCUCUGAUUCUGUGUAAAUGGGCAACUCUCAAUCGCCUCGAACAAAUUCUCGCUUCACAACAGCUUCCAGAGCUUUUACCCAGAAGGAGCUGGAAGAUCUCGAAUCACUGUUCCUAUCCCUUGCUGCUCAAUCAAAUAGUGAUGGCAAAUUCGUAUCCCCCUCUGUUUUCAAGUCAUAUUUUGGUCUUCGUGGUCCUCUUGGAGAAAGAUUGUUCGAUUUAGUGACUCAGAAGCGCAAGGACAAGAAACUUACUUACGAAGACCUCGUUAUAGCUAAAGGCACUUUUGAGAAAGGAACAAAUGAAGAAAUUGAAGAGUUCAUUUAUCAGUUACUAGAUGUGUCAGAUGAUGGUGUCCUUGGAAGGUCUGAUCUGGAAUCGGUUCUAAUAGCAAUUUUCAAUUCUGUAUUCCCCUCAACAAAUAAUGAACAUGGAUUGGAUUCACAUCAGGAUGCCAUACAAAUAUUUGUUCGCGCAGCAACUUUCUCAGAGAAUGAUGAACAAUUUACUUACGAAAAUUUCAAAAACUGGUGUUCGCUGCUUCCAUCUGUCAGGAAGUUUCUUGGAAGUUUACUAAUGCCACCUGAUAUAGGGAGACAUGGUUGCCACGUUCCAAACCUGGUUUAUGGGGAAAAUGUAGAUUCUAAUCUUGUGUUAUUGAAGAAGGUGCAUGCUUGGCAUAUAGGAGGAGCUCUUCCUCAGCAUGAGCUGGAGGAGUGGAGACUACUUUACCAUAGUGCUGUAAAUGGUCUGAGUUUCACUACAUUUUUGGGUAACAUAACAAAUGAUGGAGGACCGACGGUGCUGAUAGUGAAGGAUAAAGAUGGUUAUAUAUAUGGAGGCUAUGCUUCUCAGGCAUGGGAGAGGCAUGGUGAUUUCUAUGGAGAUCUUAAAUCAUUCCUAUUUCAGCUGUAUCCAAAGGCAGCCAUAUUCAAACCAACUGGAGCAAACAAUCACAUACAAUGGGUAACUUCACAUAACUUUCUAAUCUUCACUCAAUUUUGGAUUCUGAUAUUUACGAGGUUUGUUUGGCAGUGUGCGGUAAAUUUCAGUUCGGAUAGCAUCCCAAACGGCAUAGGUUUUGGAGGACAAGUGAACCAUUUUGGCCUGUUUGUAUCGGCAAGCUUCGACCAGGGGGAGACGUUCGAGUGUACAACAUUCAGGAGCCCAUGCCUGUCAAAGACGAACCGAGUAGAGCUGGAAGUGAUAGAGUGCUGGGGAGUAGGACAGCAGGAAAAGCAGCGUGGGAGUACUGAAAAUAAUGGAGUGAAGGGCAGUGUGUUGGAGAGGUUCAAAGAGGACCGUCAUAUGCUCAACAUGGUUGGCCUCGCCAAUUCAAGUGAUUGAUCAAACUGUAUGACGACCCCAAUCCAUAUUGAUUUUGGUAUGGAGUAUAUAAACUCAUGCUUUUUCCAGAUUUUUAGUUUUUGAAUAACAUCACUAUACAUGGAUAUUAUUAUGUUGUUACCAAAUUAUCAUUUUUUAUAUAUAAAUUCUUUUUAACUUUA